AUGUACUCAGAUUUCUCUGCCAAACCUGUGGCCGCCGAUGCUGAUUACUCGCCCAUCGACGAUUCCUGUUACUGGCAAGACUCAUUCGACCAAGCCUACCCUAUCGGCUUGUACAUUGCCCUGCCCGACCAAUCGCUAGAAAACUUUCUUAAUUCUGCCUAUUCUGAACAAUCUCACCCGUCCGUCGAAUACCCCGCGGGCUGGGAUUAUUGCUUAGCGAACUACCCCAGACAGCCACUUGACGAAUUCGGGCAAGGUUGCGCAUCUAGUUUCGACGCAGUUUCCACGUUCGACCUGGACAUGCCUAGCGCGUCCAACGCCGGACUUUACUCUGCUUCACCUCUCAGUACCGACAGCAUCACAGCCCUUGCAUCUCCAUCCUUGUCCUGUUCGAUAUCCGAGCGCAAGACCUCGAGCGAAGCGACUUCGCCAGACAAGGAGUCGGCUCCACGACAAGCCCGGCGUAAACGCGGCCGUCCAACGCUCAACCGCAACCUUCCUGGCGCGAAGCCAGGCCCAUCUAUCAACACCUUCUCUUCAAAGCAAAGCCAUGGUGCGCCACGUCAGCCGCACAAUCAGGUUGAGCGCAAGUACCGCCAGGGGUUGAACUCGGAUCUGGGGAGACUGAGACGCGCUGUUCCGACGUUGUCGCAGAGCGAAGAGGGCGCUGUAAUCGGGCGGCCGAAGCCGAGCAAAGCGAUGGUGCUGUCGUGCGCGGUCGAGUAUAUUGCAAAGAUCGAGCUUGAGAGGGACAGGCUCCGAGAAGGAAACGAGCUGCUUGGCGGGACGAUGUGGAGAAAUUGA